UUUUGAGUUGUUGAAAUGAUUGGAGUGAUGACAAAUUCUACGAGUUCGUCACCAAUAGUGGACCAAGUCUGUGAAAAUGGAACUCAGCAUGUUGAAAUACUUCCUGCAAUCAAUGAUGAUCAUGGAGGAGUCAUUGUGGAGAUGAAGGAGUCUAUGGACUCUCAGACCUUUCUGGUUUUGCUUAGAGCCUCAAUCGGGCAGUGGAGGGAACAGGGGAAGAAGGGCGUUUGGAUAAAAUUGCCCAUUGAACUUGUGAAUCUUGUUGAAACUGCUGUUAAGGAAGGAUUUUGGUACCAUCAUGCCGAGCCACAUUACCUGAUGCUUGUUUUCUGGAUUCCUGCAACUGCUAAUACUAUUCCUGCAAAUGCUACACAUCGAGUAGGUGUUGGGGCCAUUGUCCUUAAGAAUGAAAAGGAGAUGCUUGUAGUCCAGGAAAAGAGUGGCAGAUUUCGAGGAACAGGUGUAUGGAAAAUCCCUACUGGAGUUGUUGAUGAGGGCGAGGAUAUUUUUAUGGCAGCUAAAAGAGAAGUAAAAGAAGAGACUGGAAUUGACACAGAAUUCGUGGAGAUUUUAGCAUUCAGGCAAUCACACCAGUCAUUCUUUGGAAAGUCUGAUCUAUUCUUCCUGUGUGUACUGCGUCCUCUGUCAUUUGACAUCCAGAAGCAAGAUCUGGAAAUUGAGGCAGCCCAGUGGAUGCCAUUUGAGGAAUUCGCAAAUCAGCCAUUCAUCCAGAAGCAUGAUCUCUUCAGAUAUAUUGCGGACAUAUGUUUAGCAAAGGUAAAGAGUGACUAUGGUGGAUUUUCUCCAUCCCCUAUGACAUCAUUCUUUGAUGACAAAACAAGUUAUAUAUAUUUAAACAACAAGGAUUUGAAGAAAUUCCUAAGUUCUUCUAUUUAAACAACAAGGAUUUGAAGAAAUUCCUAAGUUCUUCUAACCAGUCAUAAGAUUCCUCUGUAAUAUUAUAUUUUAUUAAUUAUUGAAUAAAUAAGCACUCAGUUUCUCGA